AUGUCAUUGGUAUCCAGACGAUUUAUAUCUUCGCUAGUUGCAAAGCCAAACGCUAUCACUUUGUCUUUACUUCAAAGUAAACUUUCCAAAGGCGAUCAUUCACAAGAUGAAUUAGUCAAUCUUGUUCAAGCACUCAUCGCUUCAGAAAAUCAAUCAAAAAAUGAACUUAUCAAUAUGAUCUUUGAUGGUAUAGAUUCUUUUGGCAUAUAUUUUAAGAUUCCGCAAGUAUCUAAGUUACCUCUUGAAUCCCAAAUACGUCUUUUAGACUUGAACCCAGGUCGAGUUUUACUGUCUAAAGAACUUGCUAAAGAAUUUGCCCGGGAUCAUCCAUCGCUUUCGCUUAAACUACUUGAAAAGGUUAUUAGAGGUGAGAGAUACGAGGCACUGGAAUUCGAAAUGGAGUUGCAAGAGCUUUUAGAAACUUUAGAGCUGAUGAAAGGUGAAGAGAAGUUUCAAGUGUCCACGGAUUUGUUGGAGGAAAUUAUUCUUAAAUUAGACAAAUUGAAUGCUAUUUCAAUGCUUGACCAAAUGGCCACAGUCUGUGAGAUUUCACCACAAGCACUUUCUAUCAUUCUUGAUGGAAAUGACUUAAAUCCGUACACUUACUUGAAGUUAUUUGGUUAUUUGGAACAAGGUGAGCUGAAUUCCAUCACCAACUAUGUUAAUGCGAUCGAGGUCCUUAACAACAAUGAAGAGCUGUUGAAAUCAAUUAGUGCCCAUGAGGAAUCUAUUGCUAAGGGAUUGGGCAUUCCCUUUGUGCUGGUAGAUCUAGCAAGUAUUUUUGCCAUCGUUGAAUCCAAAGAAAUAGAAAGUGUAGCUAUUCGCUUACAACUCAUGAAGUACCUUGCUUACCGAUUGAACGACUUCCCCAAAUUAUUACAGAAAUAUCAUUAUUAUUCAACACAUGCCAAGAGUGAAUUCCAUCUUUUACAGAACCAGCUUGUGAUUAUUUACGGUUAUCAUCUGGUUGACACCCAAAUAGAAAUUAACCUACAAAUCAUGAACUCUUUACUCACCGAAGAAAUCACUGUUGCUCAAUUACAACUGUUAAUUAUUGCUAACGCUGUAUUUGAUGCCGAUAACCUGAUACAAGUUUUCAAUGACUACAUAUCUCAAUUGUCUACAAAGACAUCCGAAAAAACCAAUCGUUCUCCGUCAGGAAGAUUAACAGAAGCUUUGGUUGUUGCAUUCCUUUCUCGAAAUGAUCGAGAGUUCGCACAGUUGAUCUUAGAGAAACUGGCGUCAAACGGUAAGGUUGGGGAGUUGGAAGUGACUCUUAUAAAAAAGCAUUUGAAGGUAUGGGGAGAUUCCUUUGCUGAAUCGGAGAACUGGAUUGAUGCAGAGCCUAUUUUCAGGAAACAUGUGCUACAAUUUAUGCAGACACUUUGA